AUGGCGGCCUCCUCUAAGAAAGCGCUGGAGCUGUUCGUGUCCAGAGUUCCUUGGACUGUAGCCACCAAGGAAAUACGGGAAUAUUUCGGCCAAUUUGGAGCUGUCAGGAAAUGCCUUCUGCCAUUUGACCGAGAGACUGGUUUCCACAGAGGCUUCUGCUGGGUGGGCUUUAGUUCAGAGGAGGGUCUAAACAACGCCCUACAGAAAGAAAGUCACAUCAUUGAAGGAACCAAGGUCCAGGUUCAGAAGAACAAACGGACAUUUGUACAAAGACCAAACAGAGACGAGGACUGA